AUGACAAACUCCCCUACCCGGAACAUGAUCCGGAUACGUCUUACCAUUAUGGCUUUCUCCAUAUUGGGCCUGGUGUUAGCUAGUCUAAACUCGGCUAUUACGAGAUUCGCCAUCGUUCUGCGAGACCGAGCGCGAUUGGGCAUCACAGAACCCGACAAUGCCAUUCUUGCCCACUCAUUCCAACAACUCAUGGAAAGAGUUCUCGGAGACGUACUCAUUGCCGCCCUCGCUUCAGCCCUCUCUGCCAUUGCCGGGCUUGUGCUUUUGGUUUACUCAAGGCGGCUACGCGAAAACAGCAACCUUCAAAUCUACUUUGGAUUCAUGCAGCUUAUUCUGAGUUUGGUCAUCCUCGUCACCGGAGCCUACCUGGCAGAUCAUGUCCACGGGUGCCAAUCCUCCUUUACAGUCCUGCAAGGGGAUGACAGAAUACCAUAUCACUCUAUCAUGUAUUUUGGUGGCGUUGGGGAGGCCGUUUAUGGGGCACUCGUGAUUCUCAUAGGUGCAGGAUACUUCGGUUUGAGUUUGGCUUUUGGAAGCUAA